GGCUAUUCGUGCACUCCCGGGAAAUGGAACCCCGAUUUUAGUUUAGCGCAUGAGCACCGUGCGUCUGAGCUAGUGAGGAUAGUCAGUCAUGGCAGUUGGGUUAGUUGUGUCCACAGCCUUCGUUUCGGCAACUCCAAAACCAAGUACCUUUUGGUACCAGUCUUCUGCAGAAAAGACACCCUGGCGCAAGAAACAGGGAGGAAAUAUUAAUCGACACAGUACUUAUGCAGAUUGUGCUUCACAGAUACAGGGCUUAACUAGGAAAAAAAUGCCUUUUGCUGCGGAAAGGCUUUUACUUGAUAUGAAAUCUGAAGGUUUUAUACCUGAUAACUCUACCUUGUCAGCACUGAUGCUAUGCUAUGCCAGUAAUGGUUUAUUUGUCAAAGCAUUAGCUGCUUGGGAUGAAAUUUUAAUCAGUUCAUUUCUGCCAGAUGUUCGUGUAAUUUUAGAACUGAUUGAUAUCUGUGGCUGCAAUGGAUAUAUAGAUGUCGCUGUUAGAAUAUUGCAUCAAAUUAAGUUGAAAAAUUCCGACCUGCUUCCUGAUAUUUAUGCUCGGGUUAUCUCUCGUUUUGGAAUGAAAGGACAGCUUGAAUUGAUGGAAAUUAUGUUGAAACAGAUGGUUUCCAUGGGAUUCCCUGUUGAUUCUGCUACCGGAAAUGCUUAUGUUAUAUACUACAGCAAUUUUGGUACGCUGAGUGAAAUGGAAGUUGCAUAUGGCCGUCUUAAGAUGUCAAGAAUUCUUAUAGAGGAAGAAGCGAUCAGGUCAAUCUCCUUGGCUUAUCUCAAGAAAGAGAAGUUUUAUAGUUUAGGUCAGUUUGUAAGAGAUGUGGGCCUUUGUCGGAGAAAUGUGGGAAAUCUCCUAUGGAACCUGUUACUUCUUUCUUAUGCUGCCAACUUCAAAAUGAAAAGUUUGCAGAGAGAAUUUGUGAGAAUGGUAGAAAGUGGUUUUUUUCCUGAUCUUACUACUUUCAAUAUCAGAGCUUUGGCGUUUUCAAAAAUGUCAUUGUUUUGGGAUCUGCAUGUAACACUUGAACAUAUGAAGCAUGAGAAGGUAGUUCCCGAUCUUGUGACUUACGGUUCUGUUGUUGAUGCGUACUUGGAUAGAAGUCUGGGGCGAAAUUUGGAUUUUGCUUUACAGAAAUUGAAUACAAAUGAUUGUGUUACAAUAGCAACAGAACCCCUUGUGUUUGAGGCCAUGGGGAAAGGGGAUUUCCACUUGAGCUCAGAGGCACGUUUGGAGUUCAGUAAGAAAAAGAAUUGGACAUAUGAGGAGCUUAUCACAAUCUAUCUCAAGAAAUACGUCCGCCGUAAUCAAAUAUUUUGGAACUACUGAUGAUGAAUAGCAUGAUCUGGAAGUUCUGCGCAAUUACAUUGUGCGCAGUUAUCUGAACAAAUUUUGCAGAUAUUACUGUAACUUGGGACAUACCAGGUUGUUGGUUGAUCCAUUGGCACUGUCGAAAGAAUUUGAUGAAAAGGCA